GAUCCGGUGACAUCAUAUCAGCUCGGAGAACCAUCCACGAUACAAGGAUGCUCCUUCUGAGUAGUGUUAUGGUUUGCCUGGUGGUCCUCAGGGCCCAGGCGAUGCCUUCUCCAAGUCGACCUUAUCCCAACCAAAAGAUAAUGGACAGUAAUGGGAACUACCACCUCUAUUGGCUUUACGAUCACACCAGCAUCACAUUCGAGAUUAUCGCGAAGACCACUGGAUAUAUUGGUUUAGGAUGGUCGCCCAAGGGUGGUAUGGCAAAUGGUGACAUCAUCAUUUCUGGGGUGUACGCAAACGGUACAGAUUACUUCAAAGAUUGCCAUGGCCUGCACAUAAAUGCUAAGCCUGUCUGUCACGAAACUCAGGAUGUGCUGCCAAUAAUGAGUCAAGAGAUAGCAGGAUACACCAGAGUUAAAUUCCGGCGGCAACUGGACACAUGUAAAAUGCACGACUUGCCCGUUACGAGCGGCACAAUGCGUAUGAUCUGGUCAAUGGGAAAGACUGAUGUAAUGGAUUGGCAUGGUAGCAACCGCGGGACCAGGAGUUUGAAGCUGCUCGGCGAUAAACAAGUCGAGGUUAAACUUCCCCCAGACGUCAAGACAUUUGACAUCGUCAAGGACAAUUUUCUAGUCCCUGACACCGAGACUCAUUAUGACUGUGAGAUCUUUCGACUGCCGAAGCUGGAGGACAUUCAUCACGUGAUAAAGGUCAUCCCUGUGAUCACACAUCCAGAAUUGGUCCAUCACAUCAUCGUGUACGUCUGCGACGCCAAAAUCAACACAUGGGCCAACAUGACGUACCAGGUUAACAACGGAUCUCAAUGUUUAUACAAGAACUCAGCUAUGUGGAGCCAUGGAUACUGUGAAACUGCUAUGUUCGGAUGGGCCGUCGGUGGCGGGAAUUUCACCUUUCCAAACAAUACAGGAGUACCAAUGGGAACGGACAGGGAGCCGUUUUAUGUGAUGCUCCAAAUACAUUAUAACAAUAUCAAGCGAACAAAAAAUGUCCGGGAUAACUCAGGUGUGCGUAUCGUCUACACUAAGACUAAGAGACAGCACGACACGGGCUGUCUCGUAUUUGGGAAGAUAUCCUUUGAACGGCUCAUGGUACCACCCCGGCAAUCCAAGUUCACAGUCUAUUCCUACAUACCAAGGACCUGCACUGGAGAGUUCGGAUUCGGGAACCAAACACAGAUCAGAGCCUUCGCCUACUUACUACACAGCCAUUAUGCUGGAAGCGCCAUCAGGUUAAGACAUUUCAGGAAUGGAAGAGAGCUGGAGUAUCUGGGCGACGACCCAACGUAUGACUUUAACUAUCAGAACAGCAUCACCUACCCACAGGAAAUCGUCAUCGAGCGGGGAGACGAGUUCCUCGUAGAGUGUACCUACAAUACAUUAGACAGGACUCAUACAACUUUGGGCGGGCUGAGCUCUCAGGAGGAGAUGUGUCUCACCUUCCUCUAUUUCUACCCUAGAAUCCCUCUCUCCAAGGUGAUAACUGCAACGAGUUACAGUGCCCAGAGCAAUUUCUAUGUAAAUAACCGGAAGGAUGACAGGACCAGCACGACCAGGCGCGACUUCCUGGCGUCCAACAUUAGAUGGGACAAGACCACCUCCAAGGAUCCGGUGAAGGAAUGGCAGCAAAUAGAGAAGGCACAGGAGAACUAUAUCGCUCUUUGCACAGCUUCCAAAGGGCUCGGUGUUGUUGAUAAGUGGAUUUAUAAUUUGAAUCCAUUCAAGAUCUACUCUGAGUACAAGCCACCAACUUUGCGAUGUAACAUCACCGCCUCAGCCAACGUGGCCCUUCCAUGUCACUUGAUCAUAAUGAACCUGGCAACUCUUGUGCUCCUUCUAGCCGAAAUAGUGUAAUACAGUGAUACAUUGCAAGACGUUCUCAAUGAGGACCUUUCAACGAGCAUGAUUUCCGUCCAUAACAUCCAAGAAAUUAGGUUUACCAGUUUACAAGUUUACAUACGAAAGUGUUUUGUACUUUUAUAUGAGCUGUAAUUGUUAGAUAAUCCUAGACUUUAUACAUGUAUACGCAGCUUAUUGUCAUUAUACAUAAUCCGCCCGCAAUUAGGGUAUUUCCAAUGACACCAUGAGUGAGCACAGAAAGCCUGCACAUGUACCAUAACGUUAAUACGUUAAGUGCCAAGUUUUUCUUCAACAAAUGUCACUUGGGUUCUUUGCACACUGGUCACAGCCUCUGCACUAUAUCUGUUUCAUUUGACAGUCUUUGUCCUCUUCUGACCAAGCUAUUCACGUAGAAAGGCAAGAAGUAUACAUAUUAGCAACUAAUCGACGUUUUACUAUAUCAAAAUAUGGAUGCAUUCUUGUUUCGAAGAAGUGGGAAAUAACACUCUGAUAUUUAAUGUUGGGUUGUUGUUCAGACUUUUGCCGCCAGUCAAGUUUAACACAAAGUUUAUGUCUAAACAUUUCAGAGAAUUACAUAUUGUACUAGCAUUGUACCCGUGGCGCAGGCAGGUUCAAAUGGGCUAUACCUUGAAUAGAUUGAAUUGCAAUGAAAAUAUAAUGCAGUAUCAAAGGAGCAAUAUCGAAGAGACAAAUUAAACCAACCAUUUGUCCACAGACUCGGACCCUGUGGCGUGCUGUAUGCGUGCAUAUAAAAGUAAAUCAAUUGGUCCGAAUGAGAUGAUGAGGCAAUGUGAAUAUACCUCGUUCUUUAGUCAGCAAUAUGCCCCUUUAUACGGAGAUGAAGGAGAACCCAGAUAGGCCUUCACAUGGCGGCCUCCAAAUGGCUCGGACCAAUUGCACUAUCUCCUCCUACAUGUAGCAUGAUCUCGGGCAAGGCACUUAGUCGACAGGCAAGCUAGAAGUUCAGCACCGUGAGCAGCUCCUUGAUAAGGCCAUGCCAAGUUCAGAGUGCCUCUUCAGAUACAUCAAGUUUUGAAAGCUGUGGUGAGCACAUAAACAUACCAUUGUAACCUUAAUUUGAAAAUCCCUUCAUAAUCAAGGGCUAGCUCUGGCUAAUACAGUACCAAUAUACGAUAGACCAUCAAUUUGACCCCAGCUCCUUACUGCGGGAAAACCCAAGUCCAGCAACCAAAAGUAUCAAAAUACAUUUUUGUUUACAUUUGAACUGCA